CGCGUCUUUCUCCAUGACAACUGCCUUCACUUCCGGUAAACACAUUCAGUCCUUGGCUACAGUACAGCAGGGUUAUUAUGAGCGAAGUGUCAGAUAAAGUAGACGCCGUGGAAACACUUUCAGAUGGCGGUGUGUGUUACACGGUGUUCGAAGGCUCGUCGCAAGAGGAUGUGGCUUACGCUAAAGUUUUCUGGAGCUCCCUGUGUUUACAGCCUCCCAUCGAGUCCAGCUUAGUGGCUCUGGAUAUCACACAGCGUCUGAAGGUAGCCAAGGCCCCGCAGACCAGUAAUACUGUUCCCACAGAGCCACCAUGGUCUACAGAAAAUGACGAGAUCCUACAGAAGGCUUACCAGCUACAGAUGCAGGAUGAGAAGCAGAGGUAUCUGGAAAUGGCCAAAAAGCAUGAUGAGAUCAUGGCACUCUUAAAGAAGCAUAGAGAAGAUCGGAUUAAGAAAGAAAUGGUAUCCCGUCUGCACAAGCCAAGGAGACCUGAGCUGACUGAAAGGUUUUCUUGUAAGGCUCCUCCUGAGGUUCUGGAUCAGGACAUAAAGGAAGUCCAAGAACUUGUAUAAAGGGUGCCACCAGCCUUUUGAAACCUAAUACUAUAAUUUUGUUUGGAGUAUAAGAAUAUGAAUAGUACUUUGCAUGAAACUGUCCCUGUAUAUGUUGUCUAUACACACUUAUUGUGGAAAACAAACUUUGUACACAUUUCUUUUAUUGAUUUAAACAUAUACAGUUGCAAACAAAAUUAUUUAUCCCCCAUUGCAAAUCAGGUUUAUUGUCAAAAUUUACAGACUUUCAGCUGUUUGCAAUGAACAAAUCAAACAACAGCAAUUGAAAUAGUUCAACACAUCUAAUGUUUCAAGUGAUUUCCACAAAUUCAACUGAAAAUGCAACUUAUAAUGAUUUCUCCAGUCUCAAAAUUAUUCAACCCACUGAAUAGAAUCCCUAACAGCAGCACAAAUAUACAAAACAGGUGUUGUCUCAAGCACACCUGAUGCUAAACUAAUCAAGGGCUUCAUUAGUUGUAGCAGCUGAAAGCCUGUAAGUUUUUACAAUAAACUUUUUUGCAAUGGGGGUUGAAUAAUUCUGAUUGUAACUGUAAGUCUGCAUGUACUACAUGUGAAAAGUCCACUGUGAAGUUUCUAAAAACUACUUCACAUGUGAUGUGCAUCUGACUUUUCUCUGAAAGGAAUAGAUAAGAGGAAUGGUGUGUGGUAAUGCAAAAUGUUAUCGUACCAGAUAAAGCCCACGAUGAUGGGUUCAUUUUACAUCUCAGUGCCUGGGAUUAACUUGGUGUGUCAGGAAGUUGACUUGGCCCAAAUUGGGCUGAUAGUCAAUUCAUCAUAUUGGGUUGAGACGCUGGCCUGAAAUGGAACAGGCAAGAUUCAUUUUCUGGAUAUUUGCACUGCACCUUUUGAGAAGCAGCAAAUUAUGAAGUAAAAUAAAUCAGCUGUUAAUGCAAGAAAAUAAAUGUUUUUGUUGACAUUAAAUAAAUUUUUAGUUGAAGAAUUCAUAAUUACACACAAAGCAUCCAUAAUAUUAAAACCACUGAAAGGUGACAUGAAUAACACUGAUUAUCUCAUUACAGUGGCGUCUGUCAAGUUGAAGGGUAUAUUAGGCAGCAAGUGAACAGUCACUUCUCAAAGUUGAGGUGUUGGAAGCAGGGAAAAUGGGCAAGAGUAAGGAUCUGAUCGACGUUGCCUACUUGUGAUGGCUAGAUGACUAGGUCAGAGCAUCUCCAAAAUGGCAAGUCUUGUGGGGUGUUCCCAUUAUGCAGUGGUUAGUACCUACCAAAAGUGGUCCAAGUACAACUGGUGAACCAGCGACCCGGUCAUGGGCGCCCAAAGUUCAUUGAUGCGCUUGGGGCACAAAGGCUAGCCUGUCUGGUCUGAUCCCACUGACAAGCUACUGCAGCACAAUUUGCCAGAAAAACUUCAUGCUGGCUAUGAUAGAAAGGUGUCAGAACACAGUGUAUCGCAGCUUGUUGCCUAUCGGACUUCAUAGCUGCAGACCAGUCAGAGUGUGGAGUCCAUGCCUCGACGGGUCAGACCUGCAAGAAGGACCUAUACAAUAUUAGACAG